AUGCAGAGUCUGCAAGAGAAAGCCUCUGAAUGGAGUGGAGUUGAGACAGCCAAUGCUUUCGCCAUCGACGACACAAAUUUGUUUGAGAAACUGGGCCUUCAAACCUUUGUUAACCUCUCUACCAAUUUCUACAACAGAGUGUAUGAUGAUGAGGAAGAGUGGUUUCGUUCAAUAUUUGCGAAUUCAGAGAAACAAAACGCAAUUCAAAAUCAGUAUGAAUUUCUCGUCCAAAGAAUGGGAGGCCCUCCUCUCUAUUCUCAGAGAAGAGGGCAUCCUGCUCUAAUUGCUCGACAUGGACCCUUUCCAGUCACUCAUGAAGCUGCAGAGAGAUGGUUACAUCACAUGAAAGAUGCAUUGGAUGUUACUUCAGAUAUAGAUAAUGAAUCAAAGAUCAAAUUGAUGAACUUUUUUAGGCACACCGCGUACUUUCUUGUGGCCGGAGUUGAGCAAAAGAAUCCAAACCUUCACCCAUGCAAAAAUGCACUCAAUAAGCAGCACCCAUGCAUAAACUUCUAG